AUGGAAUACUUAUUAGAACAAUAAUACAAUUUUGUAAUAACAUAACAUUUAAUGUUAUUGAUAGAGGAGGAGGUAGUUAUGAUGAAACUGGAGCAAAAGAUGGAAAUUGGGUUGAAAUUGUUGAAAAUUUUCAAGGGUUUAAACCAAUUUUAUCACACUAGACUUAAUUAUGUUACAUAUUAAGGUCAAUAUGAUGGUGGAAAAAGACGUGGUUUAUGGAAGGCUAACUACCAAAAGAAAACAAUAAACUUGGGCUGUUAUGAUGAGAAUGGUUUAAAGAAUGGAAAGUGGGUUAAUUUAUAUAAGUUUUUUAAUUCGAGUUGUAGGGUGAUUUUUAUUGGGUAAUAUAAUCAUGGGAUGAAGAUUGGAUAAUGGAAUAUACAAUAAAAAAAAUAAAUUAUCGGAGGAGGAAUGUAUAAUGAUGAAGGAAAGAAAAUAGGAGUAUGGAAAGAAUUAUAGAAAAAUUUUUAAUUAGACUUUGAAGUAUUUUAUACAGGGUUAUAUGAGUAAGGGAUAAGACAAGGAGAAUGGAAGAUUUAUUUUUAGGAUAGAUUAAUAGGAGGAGGUAAUUAUGAUCAACAAGGGAUGAAACAUGGUGUAUGGAAGGAUGCGCAUUAAAACUUUUCUUAUCGAAUUUAGGUUACUUAUUAAGGCGAAUAUGUAGAAGGUUGGAAAAAAGGAAGAUGGAAUAUUUUGGUGAUUGAUUAAAUUAUAGGAGGAGGGGAUUAUGAUGAAGGAGUAAAGUAGGGUAAAUGGAUAGAAGUUGAUGACAAAUAUGCUGAGUAUACUGAUUAUCUAUCCUAAAUAGCUACCGUUCAGUUUUAUGCGCUGGAGAAUAUUCACAUGGUAUGA